GCUCCCAUUACACUUCUUGGCUGUGUGCGCAGCAGGACGUGCCGGACUCCUCCAGCUUCAAGACACUGACCUGAGAAGGAUGGCCAGCAUCUUCUCCAAGCUGCUAACUGGCCGCAAUGCAUCUCUCCUACUUACUACACUGAGCACCAGUGCCCUGACCACUGGUUACUUGCUGAACAGGCAGAAGGUGUGCGCUGAGGCCAAGGAACAGCAUAGGCUAUUUCCUGCAAGUGCAGACUAUCCUGACCUGCGUAAGCACAACAACUGUAUGGCUGAAUGCCUCACCCCCACCAUCUAUGCCAAGCUCCGCAACAAGGUGACACCCAAUGGCUACACCCUGGACCAGUGCAUCCAGACUGGAGUGGACAACCCCGGACACCCCUUCAUAAAGACGGUGGGCAUGGUGGCUGGAGAUGAAGAGUCCUAUGAGGUGUUUGCUGACCUUUUUGACCCUGUCAUCAAACUGAGGCACAAUGGCUAUGACCCUAGGGUGAUGAAGCACCCAACAGAUCUGGAUGCAUCCAAGAUCACGCAUGGGCAAUUUGAUGAGCGUUAUGUGCUGUCCUCUCGGGUACGCACUGGCCGCAGCAUCCGCGGGCUGAGCCUGCCCCCCGCCUGUUCCCGGGCUGAACGAAGGGAGGUGGAGAACGUAGCGAUCACCGCUCUGGAGGGCCUCAAGGGGGAUCUAGCCGGUCGCUACUACAGGCUGUCGGAUAUGACGGAGCAUGACCAACAGCGGCUCAUCGACGACCACUUUCUGUUCGAUAAGCCAGUGUCCCCUUUACUAACAUGUGCGGGGAUGGCCCGUGACUGGCCAGAUGCCAGGGGAAUCUGGCAUAAUUUUGACAAGACAUUUCUCAUCUGGAUAAAUGAGGAAGACCACACCAGAGUAAUCUCCAUGGAAAAAGGAGGCAAUAUGAAACGAGUGUUUGAGCGAUUCUGUCGUGGACUAAAAGAAGUAGAACGGUUAAUCCAAGAGAGAGGCUGGGAGUUCAUGUGGAACGAGCGCCUAGGAUACAUUCUGACCUGCCCUUCAAACCUCGGAACUGGAUUACGAGCUGGUGUCCACGUUAGGAUCCCCAAACUCAGCAAGGAUCCACGCUUUUCUAAGAUCCUGGAGAACCUGCGGCUCCAGAAGCGCGGCACGGGUGGAGUGGACACGGCAGCAGUGGCGGAUGUGUACGACAUUUCCAACAUAGAUCGGAUCGGCAGAUCAGAGGUUGAACUUGUUCAGAUAGUCAUUGAUGGCGUCAACUACCUGGUGGAUUGUGAGAAGAAGCUGGAGAGAGGUCAAGACAUUAAAGUGCCACCACCUCUGCCUCAGUUUAGCAAGAAGUGACCUUUCCCUUUCCUAACUUAAAAUAAUGUGUCUGCUGGUAUGACAGACCUAAAGAAGUCUCUACUCUGAGAGUUUUUGUAGACUUGAAAGAAAUGUAAAAUUGUAGGUCCUGCCUAACUUUACAAUAAAACUCUCCUUAAUAUCUUUGGUUUA